AUGGUCAUUGCUCAUCGUUGCACUCAGUUUCACUCACCUCCCCCCAUCCACUUCAUCAGUACCCAUUGCCUUCAUCCGCACCAUUCGCUACAUGCUCAUCCACUCGCUUCAUCCACACCCAUUCGCUUCAUCCUCCGCCAUUCCCUUCAUCCACACCCAUUCGCCUCAUCCUCCGCCAUUCCCUUCAUCCACACCCAUUCGCUUCAUCCUCCGCCAUUCUCUUCACACAACCAUUCGCUUCAUCCUCCGCCAUCCUUCAUCCACACCCAUUCGCCUCAUCCCUCCGCCAUUUCCCUUCAUCCACACCCAUAUCCUCCGCCUUUUCCUUCAUCCCACCCAUUCGCUCAUCCUCCGCCAUUCCCUUCAUCCACACCCAUUCGCUUCAUCCUCCGCCAUUCCUUCAUCCAUUCGCUUCAUCACGCCAUUCCCUUCACCACACCUCAUCGCUUCAUCCUCCCGCCAUUCCCUUCAUCCACACCCAUUCGCCAUCCUCAUAUCUUCAUCCACACACAUUCGCCUCAUCCUCCGCCAUUCCUUCAUCCACACCAAUCGCCAUUCUUCAUCACUCCGCCUCAUCCUCCGCCAUUCCUUUCAUCCACACCCAUUCGCCCAUCCUCCGCCAUUCCCUUCAUCCACACCCAUUCGCCCAUCCUCCGCCAUUCCCUUCAUCCACACCCAUUCGCUUCAUCCUCCGCCAUUCCCUUCAUCCCACACCCAUUCGCCUCCAUCCUCCCCAUUCCUUCAUUCCACACCCAUUCAGUCCAUCCAGCCUUCGCCUCAUCCUCAACCCAUUCCCUUUCAUCCACACCCAUUCGCUUCAUCCUCCGCCAUUCCCUUCAUCCUCAAUUCCCUUCACCCACCAUUCGCCUCAUCCUCACCCAUUCCCUUCAUCCACACCCAUUCGCCUCAUCCUCCGCCAUUCCCUUCAUCCACACCCAUUCGCUUCAUCCUCGCCAUCAUGCCUCACCCAUUCCCUUCAUCCACACCCAUUCAUCCUCCGCCAUUCCCUUCAUCCACACCCAUUCGCUUCAUCCUCCCGCCAUUCCCUUCAUCCACACCCAUUCGCUCAUCCUCCGCCAUUCCCUUCAUCCACACCCAUUCGCUUCAUCCUCCGCCAUUCCCUUCAUCCACACCCAUUCGCUUCAUCCUCCGCCAUUCCCUUCAUCCACACCCAUUCGCCUCAUCCUCCGCCAUUCCCUUCAUCCACACCCAUUCGCCAUCCUCCGCCUUCCCCACCCCGCCAUUUCCCUUCAUCCACACCCAUUCGCUUCAUCCUCCGCCAUUCCCUUCAUCCACACCCAUUCGCUUCCUCAAUUCCUCGCCAUUCCCUUCAUCCACCCAAUCCGCCUCAUCCUCACGCCAUUCCUUCAUCCACACCAUUCGCUUCAUCCUCCGCCAUUCCGCACCCAUUCGCUUCAUCCUCCGCCAUUCAUCUUCGCUUCAUCCUCCAUCCCUUCAUUCCACACCCAUUCGCUCAUCCUCCGCCAUUCCCUUCAUCCCACCAUUCGCUUCAUCCUCCGCCCAUUCCCUUUCAUCCUCAUUCCCUUCAUCCACACCCAUAUCCGCCAUUCCCUUCAUCCACACCCAUUCGCCUCAUCCUCACCCAUUCCCUUCAUCCACACCCAUUCGCUUCAUCCUCCGCCAUUCCCUUCAUCCACACCCAUUCGCUUCAUCCUUAGCCAUUCACCUCAUCCUCACCCAUCCACUUCAUCAGCACCCAUUGCCUUCAUCCACACCUAUUCGCCUCAUCCUCGCUCAUCCAUUCCUUCAUCCACACCCAUUCGCUUCAAUCCCUCAUCCUCACCGUGCAGUCCCACACCUCCCGUGACAGCAGAUUCGCAGUGCCGGCAGGAGGAGGCAGGAGGGGCACCGGCACCGCCCAUCGCCUACCCGGACGCCCACAAGCCCUUCCAACCUCCCCCCCCCCAUAAUCGCCACGCCCACUCACCCUCCCCGCCCCAUUUGUAG